AUGGGUCGGUCAAAGAUGAUCCCAGAAUUAACCUGUGAUAUCAAACCACCUCAGAAGCCAUUAUGGAGUUCCAUGAUAGAGAAACCAGAAGAUCAAGGUAAGUUAGCAUUUGAGCUCAGAAUACCAAAGGACUCCUUCCACCAGAUACCUUCGGAAACUUACCCAUGUAGUCCUUUCAAAUAUAGAACCAGACUCUACUCCUUUGAUCCUGACCUCAUCCAACCUACCCUUGUAGAGCAACCUGAUCCAGCUAGCUUGAAGAAACAGUGCCCUUAUCGAAGGAAAUUGGAAAAGGCAAAUUCCAAGGCUGUAAAGAAAAAGUCUGAGUUUUUACUCUCCAAGUUUGUCAAGUUAGCAACUCUUAAAAAAAAAGAGAUUUACAUUUGGAAUGAAAAAGUGAAACCAGAAAGAAUCCAGGUUCUCAUAGAGUCCUUGGCAUCUCCUCUGAAACUUGAGCAACUCUAUGCAGCUCAGGCUCUUGGGCACCUUGGGGUUGCUGAAGAAUCUGUUAUAUCUGCACUUUACAAUAUUGUUCAGGAGUGUGACAGUCCUCCUUUGCAGUAUGAGGCAGCCCGAUCUCUGGCUUUGCUUGGUUGCCUAGAGACCUGUGUAAUGAAAGUGCUAAUUCGACACCUGAAAGUGGUGAGCCUGAAUCGGAGAGAAGACACACUGGCUGCUCUGAAAGUAGCUCUGCAAGCAUGGUCAAUAGCACCCUCCUUCGAGUGGUAUUGUAUUGGGGCUCGAUCCAGUUUAAUUCGAAAUCUGCAACGCUUGGUGAAUUUACAGGAACCCUUGGACAACAUCACCUUCAAUGCCGCUGUUUGCUUGGGGUACCUGGACAAGUCCAAUCCAGUUGCCCAAGAGACAAUGCUUAUAUGUUUGACCCAUACAGACCGGAAGAAGACGUUUCAGGCUUUGGUUAUGCUGGUAAAGCACAUGGGCAUAAUGAAUGCUAUCAUUAUCGGGAAGGUUUUAGAUCAUCUGGAAUAUUCUCCAGUGUACAAGCAUCGUGCUGAUGCCACAAAAUUGUUGACUACCAUAGGGCUUGAAGUAAUCCAACAGGAAGGACUAGAGGAGGAUGUUUUUAAUGUGCUGCUCAAGAAGUUAUCUGAUGAGCCUUUUCUGAUAGUCAGACAGAGAGUUGCUUUGGCCAUUGAAGAACUGCAGAUGAAAAAGCGAGUUUGGGAAAUACUGGAGAAGCAGCUAAAGGAGGAGGAGGAUGCGAUCCGGAAGCAGGCAGUUAUCGCCUUAGGUGUUCUUGGUAUCCGCCACAGGAGUGUGUUCUUUACCUUGUUAGAGAUGCUAGAACUGGACACCAAUGAGGAAGUUCGCAUACAGGUUAUCAGAGCCUUUUCCACUCUGGGAAUGGAUAACAUACAUGUGAGGAAGAGCCUUAUGAAUAAGAAACAAGGAGAAGGGAUUCUAGCCAGAGAGUCUAGCAAAGCCUUGGAGAUGCUUGAUCAAAACUCAGACAUUCAGAAAGAGUUGAUGCUCCAAUCUUAUACACUCCAAUGA